AUGAUUCGAGCGGCGUUUCAAUCGAGAGCGACACCGUUUGGGGCGGCCAAGGGCUCGACGGCACAAUAUGGAGCAUUGAGGGAUGCGUGGGCAAGGCUGUCUUCGUCACAGCCCGUCUCAAGGCUCCAGAGCAGCAGUAGCAGCACAUCAUGGACGAGGUUACAUUCAAUUCAGCUCUGGCGGGGAACCACGCGCCACGGCGCUUCGAUGCGACCAAAUGUCAGGAUAGCUGACGGCUUUGCGAGGGGGGCGCAAAGGCGGAGCUUUAUGUUCUCGGCAUGGAGGCGCAACACGGCGCAAGGGGCCCAGGAGAAGUUGUCACUGAGCGGGAGAUUCAAGAAGCUCUCCAGGGAAUACGGGUGGUCGGCCGUCGGAGUCUACUUUGCGCUCAGCGUGCUGGACUUUCCGUUCUGCUUCCUCCUGGUGAGGGUGGUCGGGACAGAGCGUAUAGUCUCCAAGUUUAUCCCCGAAUCGGUGCGAGUACGAUGGAACGAAUGGCGAGAAUCUCUCAAGACAGAAGAGAAGCAGCAUCUGGGCAGCAACGGAAUCAGCGACAAGGUGGAAAUGGCGGGCUGGGGAGUAGAGAAGGCGCAACAGCGCAACAAAGAAGAAGCCAGCCUGGCAACGCAGCUGGCGCUGGCGUACGCAAUCCACAAGAGCUUCAUCUUCCUUCGGGUGCCCUUGACAGCGGCGGUGACGCCCAAGGUGGUCAAGGUGCUUCGUGGAUGGGGAUGGAAUAUUGGCAAACGGACCCCACGGUCAUAA